AUGACCCACUCAGCUGAGCCCGCAUCUGCAAGCUGUUGUGCGGCGCCUAGGUUUGCAAGAAGAGGAAAUCUACCGUCGUUCCUGAGUUUCUCCCUCGGCGAACCCUUUGCCUCCUUCUCCGGCGACGGAAUCGUCAGGCGGCUAAGAGGGAGGUCUGCUCGAUCCAUUCUCGUCUCUGUCCUCGUCAUGCUGUCGAUCCUCGAUGCAGAGGAUGGAGAGAAGUUGGGUGAAGUCCCGCUGAAAUGGCUGCGCUCCUUCUUCUACUCCCGCGGCGCAAUUCUCCUCUUCGGCGACUCAGUCGCUUCCUCUCUCUUCGGCGGAGGACGACCCUUCUCCUUCUUCUCUGGUAGCGCCUUAAUCAUCCGACAUCAUGGAAGAAAACCCGCACCCGGCUUCAUCUUCAAGGUUGCCUCCUCACCGAUCGAUGUCGCCUCAGAAGCCGCCAUCAAUAGCCCGCUCCGAGCUGCCAUGGGGAUUGCCGCUCGCCUCACCUCCCACGUGAUCCGCGCCGUCGGUGGAGAUUCCCAGCGACCCUGCUCCUUCGUUGCUUCGUGUCGUCAGUCGCUGCCAACAUCGCCCUCCUUCUUCCUCUCCGCCGGUGGUUUCUUCUCUAGCUCUUCGCAUUCAUCGGGGGUAGGUUCGGGGUCGACGAUUGUCGAUGGUCUGGUGGUUUCAGCAGCGGUGGGAUGGCCAGAUUCAGGAGAUCCCUUGUCGUUUCGGGACUCGCUCCCGGCUUUUCUUUCUUCAUCGCAUCCAAAUAUGCCUGCGCGGUUGCUAAGGCAGCACCGGUCGAUGGUGGAUCCCUUGCUUCUUUCUUCGUGA